UGAUAAGGAAUUGACGCGUCGUAAAUUUUGACGUUUAUCAUACUGAUUUUUUUUCCUAUUUUUGUAGUAUCGUUUUAUUUUCUACAAUGAUUUUGAUAUAAUGGCACAAGAAAUCAAAAGAAUUUCUCCAUCCAUUCACAGAAAGCCUUCACCGUCAAACAUGGAAAAGGGAAAAGUAACUUAUUGCACAGAUUUGGAGAAAUCUGUGAUCAUCAGCAACUUCGAGCGACGAGGAUGGGUCCAGGUAGGCCCAGAAGAUGAAUGGAAUUUUUACUGGUCUUUCACUCAAAACUGCCGCAACAUUUUUAGUAUCGAAAGUGGGUACAGAAUGAACGACAACCAAAUGAUAAAUCACUUCCCUAACCACUACGAGCUGUCUCGUAAAGAUUUAUUAGUAAAAAAUAUCAAAAGAUACAGAAAAGAACUUGAAAGGGAAGGCAAUCCUUUAGCUGAAAAAACGGAUUUGGUGCUCCCAAGCGGGCAAGUUGUCUCGCGAUAUUUACAUUUAGAUUUUAUACCAGUCACUUACGUUUUGCCUGCCGACUACAAUAUGUUUGUCGAAGAAUACAGAAAGUCUCCGCAAAGUACGUGGAUCAUGAAGCCUUGUGGAAAAUCUCAAGGGGCGGGAAUUUUCUUGAUCAAUAAACUUUCCAAACUGAAAAAGUGGUCGCGGGAAGCGAAAACUCCUUUCCAUCCUCAACUCAGCAACAAAGAAAGUUAUGUAAUAUCUCGAUACAUCGACAACCCUCUUUUGAUUGGCGGCAAGAAAUUUGAUCUGAGACUUUAUGUACUCGUGACAUCGUUUCGACCACUGAAAGCGUAUCUGUUUCGACAUGGCUUCUGCAGAUUUUGUACAGUGAAAUAUGACACUAGCGUUACUGAACUCGAUAACAUGUACGUGCAUUUAACGAAUGUCAGCGUUCAAAAACACGGAGGGGAUUACAACAGCUUACACGGCGGGAAAAUGAGUAUUCAGAAUUUUCGCUUUUAUUUAGAAGGGACUAGAGGACGGGCUGUUACCGAAAAGCUAUUUGCAGACAUGCAAUGGUUGAUUGUUCAUUCACUCAAAGCGGUAGCUCCCGUAAUGGCCAAUGAUAGGCAUUGCUUCGAAUGCUAUGGCUACGACAUUAUAAUUGACAAUACUCUGAAACCUUGGCUAGUGGAAGUAAACGCUUCGCCAUCUCUGCAAUCGACGACUCAUAAUGACAGAAUACUAAAGUACAAAUUGAUUGAUAAUAUUUUCUCAGUUGUCGUGCCCCCUGACGGGAUUCCCGAUGCUAGAUGGAAUAAAAUACCUACUACCGAAGCGCUUGGAGACUUUGAUCUACUAAUCGAUGAAGACCUUAUGGAAAAAGAAGACAUGAAUACGCGUUUUUGUAAAUUUCAACGAGUCAAGCAAUAAUUCUUUGAUUUAUAUUUAGUUAAUAUUGUACUGAAAAUCAAUUAAUAAAAAUAUUUUCAGCUUAUUAUAUUUAUAUCAAAUUUCA